AUGGACGUAUAUGUUCAGAUCACGGGUUUGGACUCAGGGAAAACGUGCAGAGUCAAGGCGCUGCUUGAUAGUGGCUGCAGUACUUGCUGCAUUGAUACCGACUAUGUGUGGGCAGAGAAGCUGGAUAUCCAAGAGCUUCCGCAACCCAUUGCGGCUUGUGACGCUGACAACACCGAGAACAUCAGCGGUCGGAUCACGCAUUACGUUGACCUAAGAAUGAGAAUCGGUCCUCAUGUGGAGACACACACGUUGAUAGGCUGGCUACCAGACGCGCUCUGCACCAGCUCUGUAAGGGCGUAUUUUCGCGCUUUUUACAGAGUUUACUCUCGAACCAUUCGGUGUAUCGUGUCGCGGUUGACAGUGUUACAUUCAGUAGGGCUUAAGGGUCUACUGCCCAGUCGACGACUGUGGAUAGUGUCGACGAUAGCAAGGCAGUCUGACCACUACUGUGGAACUGGUCUUAUGAGUCUAUACCAGGCCCAGGGCCAUUAG